AAAAAACUUUGUUUUUGAAAUAUGUGAACUAAAGGCUACAGUUUUGGAUUGUUAUUUCACAAUAAAAUAUUUAUAAUUAAAUUAAUUGAUUAACCCUACGAUCUCCAUGUUAAUAUCGACAAUGAAUUAGAUACAAAAUGGCGCAUCGAAUAAUAAUAUUGUACGUUGCAAUAUUGAUUUUAAAAGGCAUCGGAGCAAAACCAACAAAAAACACCACAGCUGAUCUGAUAAGAGUAGAAAUUUUAACAGCGAACGAUUCAGAGGCAGAUGAAAAUUGUACUGUAAAUGUGAUUAGUGAUAACAUAGAUGCAGAUUAUAAUUACAAUGUAACGGAUGUUGAUAAUAACAUAAAAACAAUACAAAAUACUGAAGACAACGGAAUCGUGUAUCGUAGGAAGUGCGAGAUUAUAAACACUACGAAUGUAGACGAAAUACGAUACGAUAAUACAAAUAUGCUAGAGUCUGUUUAUUUAAAUAAUAUUUACGAAAGGGUGACAACAAAUUUGAUCGAGGAGAAAGUGUCUAUGGAUAAAAUUGAGGCGAACGGUGUCAGUUUGUACGAUAUAGUGAAUAGUGACUGCGGCAGUGCAAAAUUGUGUCCAAGUUUUAGUGCUAAUUGGACUGAGGAGAAGACAAUUACUAUCGGAUUCCUUGGCGCUUACGGAUGGAGUCAGACGGUGUUGGGCGCCAUGCCUCUUGCUGUGGCAGCGGUAAACCGCGAACCGAGCCUACUGCCAGGACUGCGGCUGCGGUUCGUAGCAGCAGAUAUAGGCCGGGCCAGGCCGCCUUUACCCAAGGACAAGGAUAGCUUCGCACUACGGGUGAUGACACAAAUGCGUGACCUGGGAGUAGUGGCAUUCUUCGGGCCGGACAGCACUUGCCACACGGAGGCUAAGCUGGCAGCGGCUUGGAACCUACCAUUGAUAUCUCAUAAAUGCACGGGAGCUCGCGGCUCGUCGCACGAAGGUAAUGCGGGUCUCGGCGCGACUUUCGCGAGGACGCUGCCGCCGGCGUAUAAAGUCAGCAAAUCUGUGGUGGCCCUGUUAAAGGCGUUUGGCUGGUCCAAAUUCGCAAUAGUCGUCGGAGAUGCCCUCACAGCGGCCACGCAGCAAAUGAAUGCUGUAAAGGAGCUGGCCCAGUCUAACGGCAUGACGGUGACCGCUGAACACAGUUUCGCAGACUACAUACCUCUGCAUAUAUCUGAAAUGGAAAGAAUCGUUGACCAAACAUAUGAUAAGACCAGAGUGUACGUCUUCCUGGGCGAGCACAUAGCACUGGUGGACUUCGUGAACUUGCUCCAGCGGAGGGGACUCCUCCAGAACGGGGAGUAUGCUGUGGUGGCGGUAGAUGAUGAGAUUUACGAUCCGAGCACUGCAGCCAUCACACAUGCUGACCACCUGGGCCAAAACAGCAGCACCGAUAUCCUGGCGUUCCGGGCAGUUCUCAAGCUGACUCCAUCAUUUCCGACGAACCCUCAUUACUCAUUGCUCUGUCAAAUGAUAAGAGAGCUGUCGGCUGCGCCGCCAUUUUGCGUGCCCAAUUACCACAAACUCUUCGAAGAUGCAUCGGUGCCCAUAGAAGCGGCUCAUCUUUAUGACGCUGUGACACUUUGGGCUCGAGCCGCCACGGCCGCUAUGAGGGCUGGCCUAUCACCCACUGAUGGUACUGCUUUAAUGAAACUCCUCAGACCUACCACCUACCGUUCAGUGCAAGGUUUCGAUGUCUACAUGGAUACGGCUGGUGAUGCGGAAGGUAACUUCACCGUUAUUGGUCUGGUGGAAGACCCCACUGCUCCAGGUGGCUGGAGUGCUCAACCAGUCGCCACGUUCCAUUACGCCAACUCAUCAGACCUUUUACCGGAACUGGUGGGUGGUCACAGAAUAGCUUGGAUCGGUGGAAGCCCGCCUGUAGCGGAACCAGCUUGCGGCUUCAAUGGCUCCAAGUGCUCGUUACCCCACGACCCUGGAGUGCUGUCAGCGGCUGCCGCCGCCGCUGCAGCGGCUAUAUUGGCUGCUGCACUCUUGUUUAGACAUUAUAGAUACGAGCAGAAGUUAGCGUCAGUGCUGUGGAGGAUCGAAGCCAAGGAUCUAACUUUUAUAUCUCCAUGCAACACAAAUAAGACGUCAAUGCCUCAAGACGUGGACACGCGGCGAGCUCACACCACCAUCGCUCUGUAUCGAGGCAACAUAGUGGCCAUCAAGCGAUUGCAGAAGAAGAGCAUCGACGUGACCCGAGCAAUAAGGAAGGAGUUGAAGCAGAUCCGUGAACUCCGCCACGAAAAUCUAACCGCUUUCGUUGGCGUUUGUGUCGAGAGUGGAUCCAGCUGCAUCGUCUCAGCUUACUGUUCAAGAGGCUCACUUGCACGGGUACUAGCCGACAGGGAUCUCCACCUGGACGAUAUGUUCGUCGCCAGCCUAGUAGCGGACCUACUGAGAGGUCUCACAUACCUGCACGACUCUCCGCUGAUAUCACAUGGAAAUCUGACGUCUAGUAAUUGCCUGGUGGACAGUCGUUGGGUGCUGCAGAUCGCUGACUACGGUCUUCAUAAUUUGAAGAGUGGCUGCGCCGACUCCGAGGAUGCUCUUCGCAUGGAGAGACGAAUGCUGUGGAGGGCGCCAGAGCUGCUGAGAGACCCCAACCCCCCCGCCAGGGGGUCACAGAAGGGAGACGUGUAUUCCUUCGGGAUUAUCCUGUAUGAGAUACUAGGCAGAAAUGGUCCCUGGGGUGACACCAGUUUGACAUUUGCAGAAAUCAUAGGACGAGUUCGCCAGCCCAUCGGUGGGGUGUUGUUCCGGCCGUCCCUCAGCGGUCUGGUCGCCCGCCCCUCAGUUUUAGCUGUUCUAAACGCCUGUUGGAGCGAAAGACCAGAGAGAAGACCUGAUUUAAGACUCGUCAGAUUAAGAUUAAAGGAUAUGCAUGCUGGCAUGAAGACGAACAUAUUCGACAACAUGUUAGCGAUGAUGGAGAAGUACGCGUCGAACUUAGAAGCACUGGUGGCAGCGAGAACAGAACAGCUAUUGCAAGAAAAGAGCAGAACAGAUGAUCUUCUGAACAGGAUGUUACCUAGAACUGUUGCGGAGGCACUGAAACGUGGCGAGAGAGUACAGGCAGAGAGCUACGACUGUGUCACGAUAUACUUCAGCGAUAUAGUCGGCUUCACAAGACUAGCGGCCGUCAAUUCACCGAUGCAAGUGGUGGAAAUAUUAAACGACCUGUACACAUGCUGCGAUGCUAUCAUAUCGUACUACAAUGUUUACAAGGUGGAAACAAUAGGUGACGCGUACAUGGUAGUGGGUGGGUUACCAGAGCGCUGUUCCCGCCACGCCGCCGAAGUGGCGUCCUUGGCUCUACACGUGUUGGACGCCGUACCCAAGAUCAGGAUGAGACAUAUGCCGGCUGCGAGGCUCCAUAUAAGGAUAGGCAUCCAUAGUGGGCAAUGUGCUGCUGGGGUGGUAGGCGUGAAGAUGCCCAGGUACUGUCUUUUCGGGGAUACAGUAAAUACAGCAGCGCGAAUGGAAUCCAACGGAGAACCGCAGAAGGUUCAUAUUAGCCAAGACACGUAUCUACUUCUGAAACAGCACGGAGGCUACCACUUUAAAGAGAGGGGAAUUAUUAAUAUUAAGGGUAAAGGCGAAAUGAAAACAUGGUGGCUUGUAGGAGAAGACCAUGAAAGAAGAAAAAAUUCAUUUUGCAGAUUCCCACCUCGUGACUACGAAGGCAAUAGUUACGACGAACCCUGGUGGAGUCCGCAACGGUCCAUCCUGAAUAUAAGGGACCGAGCAAGAUUAUCCUGCGGGGGAUCCUUGGGUCCCGGAUCAGCGUUGUCCUCCCCUGGACCCCCAGCGUGUGCAUGCUUCGUACCGCCCAGGGAAAACCAUUCGGCCCCGGUCGUUUCCUUCUGUGAGGACUGACGCUAACUUUAUCAAGACGACGUACCAUUCUUCUGGAUCAGCAACGAGGUUGAAGACGAGAAAUCGAUCGAGAAAGAGACGAGAUUGAAGAAGAAUAAGAUAAUGCCGAAAGUAGGUAACGAUGUUAAGUAUUUUCUAGAGGAUCAUGCCAAGUCUUAUAGGAUGAUUUACGAAUGUGUGCUUAAGGAUGACGUAAAGGAUGAUGCUGCUAGUAGAGCGAGGGGG